CCAGGGUAGCACAGGACCCUGUGCCAUGGCCCCAGUGUGUCACCCACCACCCCCCGGGACCGUGCCGGCAGUUCCCAGCCCAAACCAAACACAUCCCUGGGUUGGUGGUGGGAGAAGGUGGAGCCGAGGAGGAGCCUCCCCCAUCCCCCAGUAUAUUAAAUGCCCUACCGGACUCGGACUCUCUCUGCUGCUGCCACAUCUCCAGGUCACAAAAAUGACAUCUUACACAGACAAGGGAGAAAAGCCCGCACGAGGCCGCUUCAUCCAUUUCCACUCCAUCACCUUCUGGGUCGGCAAUGCCAAGCAGGCUGCAUCCUACUACUGCAACAAGCUGGGGUUUGAGGAGCUGGCGUACCGGGGGCUGGAGACCGGCAGCAGGGAGGUGGUGUCACAUGUCAUCAAGCAGGACAAGAUCGUCUUUGUUCUCUCCUCCGCUCUCAACCCAGGGAAUGAGGAGAUGGGGGAGCACCUGGUGAAACACGGUGAUGGGGUGAAGGACAUUGCCUUCGAAGUGGAGGACUGUGACUUCAUCGUGCAGAAAGCCAAGGAGCGCGGAGCCGUGGUGGUGAAGGAGCCCUGGGUGGAGCAGGACAAAUUUGGGAAGGUGAAGUUCGCGGUGAUCCAGACGUACGGUGACACCACCCACACCUUGAUAGAAAAGCUCAACUACAAGGGCCUGUUCCUACCCGGGUAUCACCCGCCCCUCUUUAAGGACCCCCUGCUGCCCAAGUUACCGAGUGCCAAGCUCAGCUUUGUUGACCACGUUGUGGGGAACCAGCCUGACCUCGAGAUGGUCCCAGUGGCAGACUGGUACCAGAAGAACCUGCUCUUCCACCGCUUCUGGUCGGUGGAUGACAAGCAGCUGCACACCGAGUUCAGUGCCCUGCGCUCCAUCGUGGUCACCAACUACGAGGAGACCAUUAAGAUGCCCAUUAACGAGCCGGCGCCUGGCAAGAAGAAAUCCCAGAUUCAGGAAUAUAUCGACUACUACGGAGGGGCCGGAGUGCAGCACAUCGCCCUGAACACCUCCGACAUCAUCUCAGCAAUCACCAACCUGAAGCAGCGGGGCGUGCAGUUCAUGGAUGUGCCCUCCAGCUACUACCAGGUUCUGCGGGAGAGGCUCAAAACCGCCAAAAUCAAAGUGAAGGAGAACCUUGACAAGCUGGAGGAACUGAAAAUCCUGGUGGAUUUUGAUGAGAAAGGCUACUUGCUCCAGAUCUUCACCAAACCAGUUCAAGACAGACCCACAGUGUUUCUGGAGGUGAUCCAGAGGCAUAACCACCAGGGCUUCGGCGCCGGGAACUUCAAGUCUCUGUUUGAAGCAAUAGAAAUGGAUCAAGAUGCCAGAGGAAAUCUGACCAUCCUGGAGCCCAAUGGGGAGACCAAGCGCAUGUAGAGGGCGUCAAGAAGUGCUGCCCUUGUCCCCAAAGAGCUGAUUCCUAAGCAAACUGGGAAACAGCUCAUGGUUUGGUAAAUAGCCCAGACUUAAGUGUCACAAACCCAGGGAAGCCACUGCCAAGUUGGACGUGAAAAAGGACUCAACACCGACCCCCACCCAGCCCUGGCGCUGCCCUCCAGUGGCUUUCUGGGAGUCGGGGCGUGGGAAAUAGUAAACACACUUUAAAAGCAGCUUAAUCUGAUCCAAACCAUCGAAUUCUUAACAAAGGGCAGAUUUAAGGCAUAUGCCAAAGACACUCAGCUAUGGAGGGAGACAGAAGAAACAACGGGGAGGGCCCAAAUUUAGUCUAUCCAAAGUUUUAAUUUUAGCUACGUGGGAAGCUGGGAAAGCACAGAGGUAUCUGGCUUUCUCUGCAUCUCCUUUUGUAACAUUUUGGUUUAAUUGCUUUUAGAUUCAAUCUUGAAUUUGGAGAAUAAACAGUAGCUACAACACUCUGGAAUGAGAAUUAAUCUAAUUUACAUAUUUCAGUCUUCCAAAGGCAGCAGACUUGCUCUAAUACCUGCAAAUUCCCAAAUUAAUGAAGGGUUGGGGUUUAUCCCGUGUUUCAAGCAGUAAUUGCUAGCAUUGGCAGCACUUGCUUGGCUCAGAUCAUGGCUGCAUGUGCAAAGUCCCCUCUGGGCAUCACUCUGGUGUUGUCACUGUCCUUUGCAUGGCACUUCCCUCACUGACACAAUAAAACCCUUUUCUGACACAG